AUGCCCAGCAUGACGUCGAUCAACCUCACCAACCCCGUCUCGCCCAAAUCACGUCGCGAAAGGCAUCACAGCGUAUCCGAGCCUGUACACGACCAAGCUACCCACGGAGACGCCGCCGUCGUCAACGCCAACGGUUACACGUCCUCCCGCCCGCAGCGUCCCGCAUCCCCGAAACGAUCACAGACCGAUACUACCGUCAACUCACCAACGACAGCUGCGAAAAUCAAUGCCGGAACUCUUAACGUGACGCUUGAAGAGAAGGAGAAGCCCUCCGAGCCAGUGCUCGCUCCCACUCGACCUCCCAACAACAGAAAGUCCCGGUCUUGGGGCAACCGUCUGUCUGCACUGUUUCCCUCGCUCAUCAUCCAACCCACAGAUCAACCUCAGACUCAAUCACCGCCUGCCCAGCCUCAGCUGCAGCAACAACACCAAUUACCGAUUCACCGCAAGCCGCUGCCCGACGAUACUCCUCCCGCCUCGUCUCCCUCCGACAGCGCACCUUCUUACCACACGGCUGAGCAUCCCACCGUGAGACCUGUGACGAGCUCCGGCCUGGGUCUGGGAAUUGCUCCUACUGCAUCUGAAUCCCUCGACCCACCUCCUCCGGCUGCUCCCUCUGAUGCACCGCCUCCUAUUCCUAGAAAAAUCGCCCCCGCACCUCUAGACUCUUCAACAAUAUCAUCCCCCGCUGCCGAUCAGCCUCUGGUCUCUCCUCCUCAACCUCCAACACCUACAACACCAAAUAUGAUGGCCGCACCGUUGCCGCCUUCUGAGGCGCCUCCGCCAAUUCCCGCCAAGCUGCGCAAGGAGAAGAACUUGCCAACGCCUCCUGCAGUAUCACACAACAACGAUGCUCCUUCGCCAAGAGCCGUCUCCCACCCAGAGGCAACCUCGCCGGCGAAACUCAAGAAAGAAAAUGCCACCGAGCCUAGGAAGCGAAGCAGCUCCUUCCUCGAGAAUCGCAAAUCCGCAUUCCCCAUGCUGGGCGUUCGCGCGCCUUCACCAGAUGCACGGGGCAGAAGCACCUCUGCACACCCACCCGGAGCCAGAACCGACACCGGAAGCUCACAUCACACCGGGUCGAACGAGAGCCACAGCCCGACCCGCGACGAGAGACGUGGACGCUUGCGCAGAUCUUGGCUGCCAGGUGGCGGAAGAUCAAGGUCAAACUCUCACGACGUUUCCGCGGCUAUAAAGAACUCACAGGCGUGGGUCUUGUCGCCUGAUACGCCUGGCGAGUACAACACUUCAUUCUUGCUGAAUGCUGAAAAGGUAAGCUUCUUGCCGCGUGCCCCAUCACAUCGGACGGAGAGACUGAUUUACCUGCAGGUCCCGGAGUUGUGGAACGAAAACGGCAAUGUCUACGUUUACCUUCAACCCAGAAGCAGUAAUGCCGGACCUUCGUUCAAGGUUCCGAGCUUCUCUAUCAUCAACUCAGUCAUCUUCAACGAGCUUAUUCAAGCUGAAAUGUCUUCGUCAUCGGGACGGAGCCGGGGUAGGAGUUUUGGUGGUAGUCUGUCCGUCGAUGAUGCGCUUGUCCGGGCAACCAUUUCCGGGUCCGGCUCUCCUCCUGCAGAGGACCCAGACAGCCCCGGCGAAGGCGAAUUGAAGUUGUAUCUGCCGGCAACGCCCCCACAGUACACGCAACCCGGAAACGGCCUCGCCGCGCCGGGACCCCAGCUUCGUGCCGAAGUCGACCGCGCAAUUGCAAUUCGCAACCUCUUUGCGUUCUUGACCGGCCAGCCUCUGGUGGCCACCAAGGCGCACCCCACCACCUUUGCCGCCUUCCUGCAGAUCUCCAAGUUGCUGAAGGAGUAUGGCUUCACUAACGCGGACGGGCAGUCUUUUGGCGAGGCCGUCGACUUGAGCUUCGGUUUCUUUAUGGAACAAUUAUCGCUUGCAGAUGUUCGUCACAGCCGCGAGAAGACGCUCGAGUCGUUGAUUCUGGGUGAGAGCAUGAAGUCAAUGGACUUAUACAACGAGGCUUUUGCGCACGCCGUCGGCAAGUACACUGCCAUUCUCGACCUGAGCUCUCCUCUGUUCGAGCAGGUAUCACUGUACACCAGACAAAGACUGGAGCGCGCACAUCUAGAUCUCGUCAACCGCCAACACAAUGUCAACAUCAGACUGGAGCGCUUCGAGUUUCCCUCAUUGUUCGCAGGUAUCGCCAGCUCUACGUCAGACCCCGGGCUCAAGGCUGUCCGCUUCAAGGUAUGGGAGAAAUACUUCAAUAAGAUGAAGCAGUUCGUCAUGGGCUACUACAAGACCAACUUUGGUGCCUGGCCCCCGAAGGCUAGCAGCAAGAAGAACCCGUUCUCUGAGAGCGGUCUCAACCGUUUGGUGUUGAAGGCGCUUUACUCCGACAUGACCGCUCUUUACGAUCUUUUGGUCGAUCGUGAAAACAUCACCACCAGAGUGAUGGAUGGAAAUACCGAUGAAGGUUCUGCCAAGUCAACGGAUCCCCUCUCAAUUAUCAACCUGCGCAAGAUGCUCACCGAGUUCGACAACUCUACGCCUCCCGUACUACCGCCGAUUCCUUUCGAUGUUCCCAAGUUGCCCACAAUGACGUCCAUUCUUGCUACUUACGACAACUUGUCAGCCAAGGAGCAGGCCAAGUUUGACAGAAAGAUUAAGGAACACGAGUUGACGCUGGUCAUUCAGAAAGCGUACAAUUGGGACGCCAACAGCGUUAACAUUCCCUUCCUCAUGGAGUUCAAGGAGUUUGAGCAGCAUGAGGCCAAGGGAAAGAAUGCGGCAGACCUCGCCGAUCAGCGCAUCGGCUACUGGCUCUUCCUCUACGUCGUCAUCCAGUCGCUGCCCAUGCUCGUGGUCGACGCGCCCAACCUCAAGUUCAACGAGGGCGUUGAGUACUUCCUCUGUGAGCCGCCUAUGGGUAACCUCCCUUGGGUUGAAGAUGCUCGCCAGGUCCGCAAGAUGUGGUACGAAGUUUCUGGCGGCAAUGGCUAUGUCGAGCUCUCGGCCGACAGUGUGUUGUUCAGUGUCGAGGCUGUCUACCACCGCAGCCACUGCUGGCUCGCGGCCAAGGAGUGGGAAGGGCUGUCCGGCGCGGACGCCCCACCCCCACAAGACGCUGGCAUGUCUCCUCUGGAACCGCCCCGGCCAGUUUUCCCUGGUCCGGAUGGCAUUGUCGGCAGCCCCCCGGCCCUCGGAACAAGUGGCACCCCACCCACACCUGGGUCUCCACAGUCCCAUCUCCGGCCGCGUAAUGCUUCGCCAGGCGGACGUCAGCUUGGCAGCCGCAACGCCGCGCACCGUUCCAGCAUAAUCUUCGGCCUCGAGCCCGUUCCGUUCGAUGAGGGCCUGCCUGGCGACCGCAACUCGCGCGUCGGUAGCGCACGAAGCAGCUCGGCCGGCUCCCGUCCUCUGAGCAUGGUUAUGCCGCGCUCGCCCUCUGCCACAAACCUGCGUAACAUGUCUGUUGACCACACUCACGAUCCCGCCACGUCUACCAUGACCUUUGACGACAUUCUCGGAGGCGGAGGCGAGGAUAAGAAGACAACCAAGAAGAAGAAGGGCAAGUUCUUCUAA